AUCCAAAGACAUAAAGUUGAUAGAUCAACAAUCGCAAGUAAAUUAAUGUGCAACACAUUGAGUAGGGAAAUUAAAAAGAAGAGAGGAAAAAUGGAGAGGAGGGGACAGGUCUACAAAGUAGUCUGAGCGAAUAAUUUAACGAUACACUGUACAGCUUCUCAGAAACCGAACGACUGCUGAUCCAGUCGAUAAAAGAUAUGUCCAUAUAAGACCUUGCAAAGGGUGCAGCCAAUCACGAGGCUAUUUUUCGGACAUGUCCGAAAUUUCAACGCUCAUUUCUGAGAAAUAAGCGCCACACGCUUUAUUAUCAGCCGCUAUCACAGAGUCGCGUAUUUGGAGCUCUCUUUCGCCAGAUGGUGAGUCCGGAAUUUUCUUUAAUAAAACACUGCAGAACAGGGCAAGGGUCUAGCUAACGCACGAUAUACUGUCGAAUAUCGCCAGUUUACCAGCUGGGAAACUACAAUGGCAUCAUAAAUGUAAAGUUUUGUGUAUGGUGCAGUAUGGGACAGUCCUUGUAUAACGCAGCUCACGUUAGAUCAAAGACGUUAGAUUCAGCCUAUUGAAGACAGAACCGGGACUCGCGUUAACUGAAGCUUAUCCUGCCUUCUUGGGUAGCCUAGCCGGGUAUUUGAAUUCGCUUUCCUACUGAAUGUGUAUUUAUGCUGGUGUUUGGUGUUUAGCGCUAAUAUAUCGCAGAAUCUGCUCGCAGUUUUUUUCACAUUAAGAGCGACAAAAUCAGAUCAAAUAUUUUUUGUGAGCCGAGUUAACUGGGUAAAUCAACGGAUUUGACGGAGUAAUGAAAUGAAUGAAAUGCUGAGUAAAAACAGAAACCCUGCGGCUCUCCAGAGGCUGGUACGAGCAUCGCUGCAAUAGACAGAGUGCAGUUAAACAGACGAGACUCGGGUGCUGUCCGAAUCAGACCCCUUUCACACUAUUGGGUGAGCGUGCUGGGUACACUAGAUGAGAAAGUUAACGGGAGAAAUUUUCUCUGAAUGUAGUGUACUUAAAAUCCUCGGAUGAUAAACUUAUUUCUGGGUUUUUGCUGAGUACACAUUGUUUGCUUCACUGACAUUUUACUUCAACAAAACAACAACAAGGGCGACUUGUGAGCAAGACUGCGCAAGAUUUAAAUGCCAACUGCAUAGGUAGGACGUUUGGAGGAUAUUUUUUUGCAUACUGCAUGUUGCAUGCUCAACAGUAUAGUACACAGUAUGCUAGCACACAGAACACAGGAAGCAGUACAUGGGGCUCUGGUUCGGACCGAGGCUAGCCAGGCUAACGUUUCACCCUGUGGAGGGUUUUCCUGCUGAUCUGAGGUCAGCUGUUACCUGGAGUCUCUCUGUUGCAGGGCAGAGUGGAUCGGCGCUGGUCUGAUCAGGGUUCAACGAUGGCGUGGUGUAUUCUGGGUGCUGCAGUCCUCAUGCUGAGCCUGGGGGUGGACGGGGAAGGGGGUGGGUCCUACGUGGCGGCCGUGUACGAGCACCACCUCAUUGGGAAGCCGCAGCCCAAGGUUCCGCUGAGCAGACAGGAAGCGCUGGAACACAUGAAUAAGAACCUGGACGUGUAUGAGGAGCAGGCUGCUGCUGCCGCCAAACAGGGUGCCCACAUCAUUGUGUUUCCAGAAGAUGGCAUCCAUGGCUUUAACUUCAGCAGGGAGUCCAUUGCUGGUUACCUGGAGACGGUGCCAGACCCCAAGGCUGUGAGCUGGAACCCCUGUUCUGACCCAGCCCGCUUCCCUAAUACUGAGGUUCAGCAUCGUCUCAGCUGCAUAGCCAAGAACAACAGCCUGUACCUGGUGGCAAACAUGCCGGGGCGUGAGGACUGCGAUGCCCAGACCCCCCCCUGCCCCCCCGAUGGGCGCUACCAGUUUAACACGAAUGUGGUGUUCAGUGCUAACGGCACACUGGUAGCGCGUUACCGCAAGCGGAACCUGUACUUCGAAUCCCAGUUUGACACGCCUGCUGACCCCCAGCUCAUCACCUUCGACACACCCUUCGCUGGUCGCUUCGGCCUGUUCACCUGCUUCGACAUCAUGUUCUACAACCCAGCGGUGGAGCUGGUGGAGAAGCUGGGCGUGCGGCAGCUGGUCUUCCCCACAGCCUGGAUGAACUCACUCCCCCUGCUGGAUGCUGUACAGAUUCACCGCUCUUUCUCCUACGCCACCAACACCACCCUCCUGUCCGCUAACCUUCGCGUAGAUGCUGAGACAAUGACCGGCAGCGGAAUAUUCAGCCCCCGGGAGACAUUACAUCACCGUGCGGGGGCGGGCGAGCCAGAAGCUGGCCGGCUGCUGGUGAAAACUCUGCCUGUUCUGGACUCCCACAGCCUCCCCCUCCCACCACCCAUCUCAGGAGACCAGGAGACCCCGUGCUAUCAGCAGGGGGACGGGGAGUGCCAGCGGACUGUCCCUGAGGGAAGGGGUCGCCCAGAGGAGCCAGCUGCCCCCAGCAGCCCCUUCAAGGCGGAUAUGAUGAGCGACAAUUUCACCAUGGUGCUCGUAGAGGGCGCUGAGGGAAACCUGUCUGUGUGUGAUAACGCACUCUGCUGCCACCUGCAGUUCCAAAGGCGCACUGCACCCCAGGAGCUCUAUGCCCUGGCAGCCUUCGAUGGCCUGCACGUGGAUGAUGGACCAUACUACUUGCAGGCGUGUGCGCUGAUUAGGUGCAGCGGUCCCACCCCUCAGACCUGUGGGAAAGCGAUCGACCACGCCGACACGCUCCUGGACUUCCGGCUGAUGGGAAACUUCAGCACGCGCCACGUGUUCCCAAGCGUGCUCGGGAGCCACGUGCAGCUGGACCGCAUCGACCACAGCGGCUGGGAGGGGCGGGGCUUCUACAUGAGCCGCCACGGGAUGGAGCGCGGUCUGGUGACUGCUGCGCUCUACGGCAGAGUGUAUGACCGGGACCACACCCACACCUCACCGCAACCGCACCCACAGCUCACAACGACCACACCCACAGCUCACUGUGACCACACCCACAACUCACCACGACCGCACCCAAACCUCACCAUGACCACAACCACACCUCACCAUGACCACACCCACAUCUCACCGCACCCACAGCUCACCACAACCACACCCUCACCUCACCACAACCACACCCUCACCUCACCGGGACCACACCCACACCUCACCGCAACCGCACCCACAGCUCACCGUGACCACACCCUCACCUCACCAUGACCACACCCACACCUCACUGCAACCGCACCCACACCUCACCAUGACCACACCCUCACCUCACCGCACCCACAGCUCACCACAACCACACCCUCACCUCACCACAACCACACCCUCACCUCACCGGGACCACACCCACACCUCACCGCAACCGCACCCACAGCUCACCGUGACCACACCCUCACCUCACCACGACCACACCCAAACCUCACCAUGACCACAACCACAUCUCACCACAGCUCACCGUGACCACACCCUCACCUCACCACGACCACUCCCAAACCUCACCAUGACCACAACCACAUCUCACCAUGACCCCACCCUCACCUCACCACACCCACACCUCACUGCAACCGCACCCAAACCUCACCGUGACCACGCCCACACCUCACCGCAACCGCACCCACACCUCACCACAACCACACCCUCACCUCACUGCAACCGCAUCCAAACCUCACCAUGACCGCACUUAUACCUCACCAUGACCGCACUUACACCUCACCGUGACCACGCCCACACCUCACCGCAACCGCACCCAGACCUCACCACAACCACACCCUCACCUCACUGCAACCGCAUCCAAACCUCACCAUGACCGCACUUAUACCUCACCAUGACCGCACUUACACCUCACCGUGACCACGCCCGCACCAUGUCUAAACCACCACCACUGGGAGCAAUACUGACGUGUUCCAUAUGCAGUCAGUCUCCGAACGUCCCAGUGAAUCAGCCUGUGAGGAAAUGACCUGUACUUCCCCCAUUUUGGGUGUUUAACUGUCACCCUGUUUUUACACUGUCACUGUGGAUGGUUUCUUAUUCCUUUAUUGCCUGCAUUCUUGAUUCUUUCCAUACUUUGUUUAUACCAUGUUUGUUCAUGUGUGCUACAAGGGUCAAAGGCAACUGCUACAUGGGUCAAAGGCAAUUUUCCACUUCUUUGAACAAUAAAGUUUUCUUCUAUUCUA